AUGGGCAACACCCAAGUUCAUCAAGACAAUGCACAGAAACUUAUGCUUGGUGCUGAGGAAAGAAAGGCACCGGUCUUUGCGGGCCCCAGUAGUGCGAUCUUCAGCUUUCAGGUCGCUGAUCUAGUGCUGCGGGAUCAGUGUGACCCUACCAGUGUGACAAAGCAACGCGAUCAAAUCACAGGCGUUCUUACGGAAGAUGAGGUAGAGGUGUGUUUGUCUCCAGAGGAAGAACUGAACCACGAAUGCGCAGUCUCACAAGACGUGAUAACGCGAUCCGAAGCUAUCCGCCUCGCUCGCGUUUACAGUGACGUUAUCAAUCUACUACACCCGAUAUUGGAUAUGCAGUCGAUCCUUGGGUGCGUCGACGCUCUGUACGCUGCUGGCGGCAACGUGAUUCAACAAGCAACGAACAACAUGUCCCACAUGAAGAUGGCCAUAGCCAUCGCGCUUCUGGCAGAAAAGGGAGGCGUCUGUGCCACUGCCGCGGCCAUCUACCAGAGCAUAAAGCCGCAGAUAGCGGACGUAACCCUAAGUCAUUCCUUCAGUCUCGAUGGACAGAUUCUUUUGAUUAUGACGGCAUUCUUCCACAUGUAUACCGACGACCUCCGGUUGGCGACUCGGGUGGUGGCUGUUACGGCUCGAAUUGCCAUAGAGGCAGGAUUGCACAGGAGAAACGUGCUUUUGCAGCGAUUCCCUGAUGGCACCGAGCAAAAGAAGGUCCUAAUCAUGAUGUUUACCUUGUCCGUCAUUGAUCGGCAGCUGAACUUUAACUCUGGACUCCCUUUCACGAUGCGAGACAUCGAACUCGAAGUCCCAAAAGGCGACGAUUUACCACCAUACGUCAAAGCAAUGGCGUCGUAUGUCGACUUUGGAGCUCAAGCAUGGGCUGCAAUACUCGAUACCCGUGGAAGAUUGAAGAGACAAUUCGAGGAAACCAAUUAUCAAUUCCUCUCGUAUCAAGUUAUCCGAUGGAUCGACAGCCUGCCCGACGAACUCAAGCCGCAGCAGUAUCUUGUCCCUCCGAACGGGAAAUAUCUCUCAAUGAGUGAGCAAGAUUCCGCCACCUGUUCUCUCCGGUGUAUCUUGCACCUUCGUGCCAACCAGAUUAAAAUCUUGAUACUUCGGCCUUUGCUCUUUUCUGCUCAAUCCGCGCAAGAAAAGCCUAGAAGAGUCUCUGAGGUCGGCCAGGUUGCCAUUGACACAAUCGACAGGAUUGUGGAAUUUCACCAGCGGACCGACUUGUGCGAUAAACAGUGGCCAAUUCUCAACCAGUUCUUGUCCUCAGCACUAUCUACAUUACUCCUUUUGUACAUCCACUUACUAGACGGCUUACACUUGCAAAGUGUUGAGCCUGCACCUAUUGAUAUCCAGAUCGUUGGCCAAGGAAUCAGAAGCGCGGUCGAUUUAGUACAGAUCGCAAAGAACCGGUCAUCCCAGCGAUUGUGGAAGCUACUAAACUCUCCUUCUGGAUUGCUACAGCGCCUAGGAUUGGAUUUGGGAGCUGGCAAAUCCCAAAAUAGUAUGGACAUAAGCGCUGGUUCAUCUACCGGGACGUGCGCCGGUAGUUGCGCCCCACUUGAGCUUGAGCCUGCGAGUGGGGAGGGAAUUUCGCAGACGAACAACUGUAUUCCAGUGAUCGCUCAAUCGCAGUGUCCUGCACUGAAUCACGUCGGGGACUGUAUGGACUUAGAGGGAGACCUGUUCGGAUACUUUGGUCUUGCUGGAGGGAACAACUUCGAUGCUUUCAGUCCGACCGGCAUGUAUAUGCCCAUGGUACCAAACCAAUUCGAUAACUUUUUUUGCUACCAAUGA